AUGCUGUCGGGCGCGGGCGGGGCCCUGGGCCUGGGCCUGGGGCUGGGGCUGGGCGGGGGCGUGGGCGGGGCGGAGGCCGGCGGGCGCGGCGGCGUCGCCUCCUGCCCCGUCGUCGUGCCCUCCUCCUCCGAGCUGCAGCUGCUGGAUAAGCACGACCUGCGCUACUACUUCCAGCACCCGUACCCGCGCCUCUUCGUCACCUACUUCGUCAUCUUCUGCAACUUCCUGCUGUUCGCCGAGGACCCCAUUUCGCACAGCCACACCGGUGCUCAUGUGGAUCCUGGCCAUCCUGUGCGGCAUGAUCCUCGGCAAGCUGCUCAUCCACGGCUACCUCUGCGGCACGCUGCUGCGACUCAAGAUGUUCCGCGACGACCAGGGUUCCUGGAUGACAAUGUUCCUGACGGUGAUCGUCUCUCUGCGGCGGCGUGCGGCACGUGGCUGGGCGACCUCAUCACGGCGCUGAUGGUGACGGACAUGAUGCUGCAAGACAACCUGUACCCGCACUGGGCGCCGCGCUUCCGCCAGCUGUGGCGGCGCUCCAACGUGCCGCGCAUCCUCAUCUUCUGGGUGGGCUCCGUCGUCGCCACGUCCGUCGUCGUCACGCUCAUCGUCAGCGACUGGAUCUCCUGGGACCACCUCAACCGCGACUUCCUCGCCACCACCGAGUUGUCGCGAGCAUUCCUCGCUUCUUUCAUCUUGGUGAUGGAUCUGCUCAUCGUGAUGCAAGAUUGGGAUUUUCCGCACUUCACGACGACGCUGCACGUGAACCUGCCUGGCUUCAGCGUGGCCACCCUGCAGUGGAAGUACGCAGAAGUGGACGUUACAGGGAAAUGGUUUAAUUAUGGAAUUAUCUUCUUAGUGAUGCUGUUGGAUUUGAAUAUGUGGAAGAACCAGAUCUUCUACGACCCGAGAGACUUUGGGCAGUACACAGGGCCUGAUGACAAGGUUCGCACCAUCAAUGACCCAGAGAUCCUGGAGAAGGCAAAUGCAAGCUUGUGGACAUGGGAAGUUCGCUCGCAAAUUGAUGUGAAGACAAAUCUACCGUAUCACGAACAGGACAUGCAGAUGAAUUCUCGUUACAUGAACUACCCUCUCUCCGUGAAGUGGACCGCCUUCAUCCCAUCUGGUAUCGGCCUCAUUAUGUUUGUGGCGCUCGUUUCAUUGUAUGGUCGCUUCCCGUCCAAUCAGGCGCACCACCUGGCCGACCGCACGCACGCGUCCUGCCGCCUCGUCAAGCCCGACAAGGAGCUGGGCGACAUCCCCGCCCCCGCCUCCCGGUAGCGGUCGCCCCGCCGC